AUCCGCGAUCGCAGGAAGAAGCCCGUCAUGCUGUUCAUCCACGGCGGCUCCUACAUGGAGGGCACCGGGAACAUGUUUGACGCCAGCGUCCUCGCCGCCUACGGCAACGUGAUCGUGGUGACCAUGAACUACCGACUGGGCGUGCUCGGUUUCCUCAGCACCGGCGACCAGUCCGCUAAGGGGAACUACGGCCUGCUGGACCAGAUUCAGGCUCUGCGUUGGCUCAACGAAAACAUCGGCCAUUUUGGCGGCGACCCUGAGAGGAUCACCAUCUUUGGAUCUGGAGCAGGAGCCUCCUGCGUGAACCUGCUCAUCCUGUCUCACCACUCUGAGGGUCUGUUCCACAGGGCCAUAGCUCAGAGCGGCACGGCCAUCUCCAGCUGGUCCGUCAACUACCAGCCCCUGAAAUACACCAAGAACCUGGCCAGGAAGGUGGGCUGCACCUACUCAGAGACCGCCGACCUGGUGGACUGCCUGAGGCGGAAGACCUUCAGGGAGCUGGUGGACCAGGACAUCCAGCCGGCCCGCUACCACAUCGCCUUCGGCCCCGUGGUGGACGGAGACGUGGUGCCGGACGACCCGGAGAUCCUCAUGCAGCAGGGGGAGUUCCUCAACUAUGACAUCCUCAUAGGAGUGAACCAGGGAGAAGGACUGAAGUUUGUGGACGACAGCGAGGACAACGAUGGCAUCUCGGCUGCAGCGUUCGACUACACAAUCUCUAACUUUGUGGACAACCUCUACGGAUAUCCUGAAGGCAAAGACAUCCUGAGGGAAACCAUAAAGUUCAUGUACACAGACUGGGCAGACAGGGACAAUGGUGACAUGAGAAGAAAGACUCUCCUAGCUUUGUUCACAGACCACCAGUGGGUGGCGCCAGCUGUGGCCACUGCCAAACUUCACGCUGAGUUCCAGUCGCCUGUUUAUUUCUACACAUUUUACCACCACUGCCAGACGGAGACGCGACCCGAAUGGGCCGAUGCCGCUCACGGAGACGAGAUCCCGUACGUGUUCGGCGUGCCGAUGAUCGGCGCCACAGACCUGUUCCCGUGCAACUUCUCGAAGAAUGACGUGAUGCUGAGCGCUGUGGUCAUGACUUACUGGACUAACUUUGCUAAAACUGGCGACCCCAACCUCCCCGUCCCUCAGGACACCAAGUUCAUUCACACCAAACCGAACCGCUUUGAAGAGGUCAUCUGGACAAAGUUCAACCCAAAGGACAAGCAGUAUCUCCAUAUCGGUUUAAAACCUCGAGUUAGGGACAACUACAGAGCGAAUAAGGUGGCUUUCUGGCUGGAACUCGUCCCCCAUCUUCAUACCAUCAAUGGCAUCUUCCCGACCACAACCCGAUCGCCAUCUGGCCCUGGUCCAGGCCCGGACACCUACAGACCCAGGCCAAGGACUCCAGGUCCUCGAACCACUCCCCACCCCUACUCAACCUUCACCUCCGAUCCUGAAACCGAGGGCUCGGACCGUCCAAUCCAGGACCUCUUUCCUGGAGACACCCGUGACUACUCCACAGAGCUGAGUGUCACGGUCGCUGUGGGAGCCUCUCUUCUGUUCCUCAACAUCCUGGCAUUCGCAGCCCUUUACUACAAACGCGACAAGCGCCACGAGAUGCGACGGCACCGACUGUCUCCUCAGCGCGGCGUACCCGCCAACGACCUCGCUCACAGCCAGGAGGAGGAAAUCAUGUCCCUGCAGAUGAAGCACUCUGAGCACGACGCUCACCACGACCUGGAGCCCCUUCGACCACAUGACAUCCUGCGACCCGCCUGCCCGCCCGACUACACGCUGGCGCUGCGCCGGGCUCCGGACGAUGUGCCGCUGAUGACGCCCAACACCAUCACUAUGAUCCCAAGCACCAUCACCAGCAUGCAGCCUCUUCAUGCCUUCAACACCUUCCCCUCCACCGGCCACAACAACACCCUGCCACACCCCCACUCCACCACCAGGGUAUAGUAGGGACUGGCCCACCCAGCACCACCUAAAGACAGGGAGUCCUGGAUCUCCUACCGAUCUAGAAGGGAGGCCUGUGGUUGAGGGCCUUCGUUCUGUUCUUACGUUCUCUUGUUUCUCUAAAAGGAACUCCACCUCCUCCAUCAUGUGCUGUACAGCUUAGCAGGAGACACAAUGAACUAAAAUGAACUGCGUUGGAGCAGAUGAUCAGCUCGGAGGCGACGUCGAUCUUUCAGACAUACCUUUUUCCAGGAGGGUGCACAGUUUCCAGUCUAAAGAAAUUUUCAAAGGGACAAACGCUUUUGGACCUUUGAUGUUCUCUCUUUUUUACUUUGGUGUCAGCUCUUACCGUCUUCUAGAGUGUUUGUGAGGUUUCUUAUUUGUUUCUUUUCUACAUCUGUGUCUUAUUUACGGCUCAUUUGACUUCUCCCCUCCGUAGGGUGCUUCUUUGUUCAAGGAGCAACAACGUACUGAGAUGUCAGAAGUAACGUCAUUUCAGUCUACCAAUACGGUUCGUGCCAAAUGUGUUUUUGCUUUCUGAUCAAGGUUGAGAUGAAUUUUAAUCCCUGUCUGAAAACACAGGCUGUAUGUCCUCAUGACCAAGUGCCAAACUGGCCUUUGAUUGUGGUUUUCUUUCACUCAUCUUGUUUAUUUUUGUUGUUGUUCAAGUGUUUUAAUGUGGAAAGAUUUUUGCUGACAAUAUAGAUAUAGAGAAAUGAUAUUAUAUAUAGUUCUAUAUAAAUGUGUACAAAGGAGAAAGAAUAUAAAGGGGGUUUUCUCAAUGGGGAUCUAUGCAUGAAUUAUUUUUCAAGAGAGGCAACAUGGAGAAAGGAUGAAGAACCUGUCAACGCACGUUUUCCCAAUUGAAAUUAAAUAUUUCUCAGCUCAUAAAAUUCCCCCACAAAUCAGAUAAUCCACCAGUUAAAGCAACAAAGCUCAUCACACCUUUUUAUUACUUAAUGGUAAAUUACGCAUUAGCAUCAGAGACGAUGCAUUUCAACAUUAGCUGCUUUCUGUCAGUUCUUUUAGUUCCCAAAUGUAUUUUAUUUUUAACAAUGUAAAGAGAUAUUCUGUUAAUUAUGCAUUCAGUUGAUCUGUGCCUAUGAAGUGGACGUAUUAAAUUAUACAAAUUAUAUCAGAACCACUUUUUAGCCAGCUAAAGGAGGCAGAUAGGCAAGUUAACUCACCUGACCUUGUUAUUUUCCAUAUUUCCCCUUUUCUAAAUAGUUUUGACACCCAUAUUUUCAUAUCAGUAUAAAUUCAGUGAUCUCCACUGAUUAUCCGGUGGGGAUACCUAGCAGGUUUUAACAGAGCUGCAAAGAUGAAGAAGGAGUUUCUCAACAGGGUAAAGGUGACACAGUAGAUGUCUGUUGUUUCUAAUUGUUCUCCUUCUGUUAGUUUAGGAAUAUAUAAUUUUACAGCUCUGCUUUUCAAGAUGAAGAUGUCAAACAUGCAUUAUGGGUCCGUUAGCAGAACAGGAACACAUGGUAGCUAACAUGGCCGACAGGUGUCACCGUUGCUGUCUUUGAACAUGCGCUAGCUUUGGCUUGUUUUUAUUUUUCCUUUUCUUACUGCCUGGUGGUCGGAGAGGGCUGGAAACGGGUUCAUACGCCGAGCAGCUGAGAUUUUAUAAACUACUGAACGGGAAAUGUGCACAAUGCAAAUCACACGACUGGACAGAAUCUGCCUAUCAGGAGCCAACAAGAUAUACGGACAUGCUGUGGCCAAGAGGAGGACGAAGAAAAACAAAAGCAGCCUUAAAUGUUGAAAUUUGAACCAGAAGAGAAAACAAACUGAUCAAAAGAAGAUAAAAACAUUCAGAGACUCGGCGGUCUUUCUGUCUGAACUGUUAGCCAGGAGGACGAAAUGCUAAUCUGUC